AAUUUUAGUUAACUAUCAAAUAUUAAAGCCCUUUAUUCUAUCUACUCAUCUUCACAUUUUAUUAUGGUAAAAGGAAUUAAAUUUGUCAUGUGGUUAGCUGUCCUGAGGAUUUAAAUGUUAAGAGCAACAUGUUAUGUUGGAUUCCAUGUUGUACUAGACCGGAGGAACUAGAUGGAUUGAAUCUUGUGUUCAUUAGGAAGGAGAUGUUAGGAAAAGAUGAAGGGCUGCCCUCCAUUGAGUCAGUGAGACAAUGGAAACAAAGAGAGGAGCAGAUGCUCCCAUCUGUUGGUCCCGCUUACCUCUAUGAUUACCCUCCUGAGAUGAGUACCCCAUCACACAAUUCUGUCCUGAAGUCAUAUCUCUUGAUGACGGUAAUAUGUGCUUCAUAAAGCAGUUUUGAUAUUGGACUUCAUGUCGCACUUGACUAGAGGAAAAUAGGCAGAAUUCAUCAGCAAGGGGAGGUUAGGAGAAACAAGAGGAUUGCUUUUACUGUGUGAACGAGAUAAUGAAGAUUGCAAUUGAAA